AUGGAACAGGCGAAACAAAGAGGGCUCGAAACCAAGGAGGGAGAGGAGUCUCGAAGGCGUGAGGGGGGACAAGUAAGAGGUGGAAGGAAGAAGGAAGAGUUGGAGAGAGAGAGGGUCCGUCCGGGACCAGGCACCAAUCGACCUUUGAUUUGCCGCACGAGCGCAGUGAAGACUCGCCAAGAGUUUCAAGAUGGGCGUAUCAAAUACCGGAGAUACGAUGGGGCGAAACUCCGGGAGUAUAGAAAUGCUGGAGAAGAUGAGCGACCGCGCUUCAACUGGCUGGAACUGGAAUUAUAUAGAAAAAGGCUGAAUGGAGUUGUUCUCUUUGCUUCGACAAGCCCCGUCACCCGCAGCCUUGAUGGCCCGAGCGUGGCUUCCGACUGCUUCGAUGCGAUUCCGUGUCCUUCCACCGCUUUCGCACCCUUUCCAUCGCUGACAAUCGCCCUGGGGAAGAAAAAAGCCUGUCGGGAUUCCCCACCUGGAGAUUCGUCGCGAUCCCCAAUUGCCGGCUGGCUUCGGUUCAACUGGCUCAUGCCUGGUGUACUCUACUGUUCUUCUGCUGCUGCAGAGGCAAUUAAUGGUUCAAUUCCGGAGUACCAGACAGAAAUUGGCUUCUGUGGUUCUUGCCAUGAUCGUGGAUCAGAGCUCCGCACGUCCAGCCCGAUGCGGGUCAGUCCGGCAGUUAACCACACAGAGUUUGCUCCGUCUUGA